AUUUGGAUUUUAGCUCGCAACUCGUGCGGUGGACAACUUUCUUGAAGUUGUUCUAGUGUGUGUCUAGUAGUGUCAUUUACACCAACAAAUAAGCAUUUAUAUACUACAUAUACGCAGACACUGCCUGUUGUAUAUACACAUAUUAAGUGCCCGCGAUGAAAUUCCUAAUCUGUGCUCUGCUCGUCGCCGCGUCCUACGUGGCGGCCUCUGAAAUUAAACUGGAGGAGGGCGUCAUUGUGGCGACCGUGGACAACUUCAAACAAGUGAUUGCCGACAAUGAAUUUGUGCUCGUCGAAUUCUACGCUCCCUGGUGUGGACACUGCAAGGCUCUGGCACCCGAGUACGCCAAGGCCGCCCAACAGCUGGCUGAGAAGGAGUCUCCCAUCAAGCUUGCCAAGGUCGACGCCACCGUCGAGGGUGAAUUGGCCGAACAGUACCAGGUCCGUGGCUACCCCACACUGAAGUUCUUCCGCAGCGGAUCUCCCGUUGAGUACAAUGGUGGUCGCCAGGCUGCUGACAUUAUUUCGUGGGUGACCAAGAAGACUGGUCCACCAGCCAAGGAUUUGACCAGCGUUGAUGAUGCCGAGCAGUUCCUUAAGGACAACGAGAUUGCCAUCAUUGGUUUCUUCAAGGAUCUGGAAUCGGAGGAAGCUAAGGUCUUCACCAAGGCUGCCAACGCUUUGGAUUCGUUUGUCUUCGGUAUCAGCAGCAACGAUGAUGUGAUUGCCAAGUACGAGGCUAAGGACAAUGGUGUCGUUCUCUUCAAGCCCUUCGAUGAGAAGAAAUCCGUGUUCGAGGGUGAGCUCAACGAGGAGAACCUCAAGAAGUUCGCUCAGGUUCAAUCUCUGCCAUUGAUUGUUGACUUCAAUCACGAAUCCGCUGCCAAGAUCUUCGGUGGUUCUAUCAAGUCCCAUCUGCUGUUCUUCGUCUCCAAGGAGGCUGGACACAUUGAGGCCCAUGUUGAUCCCCUGAAGGAAAUCGCCAAGAAAUACCGUGAGGAUAUUCUGUUCGUGACCAUCUCGUCCGAUGAGGAGGAUCACACUCGCAUCUUUGAGUUCUUCGGCAUGAACAAGGAGGAGGUUCCAACCAUUCGUCUGAUCAAACUGGAGGAAGAUAUGGCCAAAUACAAGCCCGAGUCGAGCGAUCUGUCCGCCGAGACCAUCGAAGCCUUCUUGAAGAAGUUCUUGGACGGUAAACUGAAGCAGCAUCUGUUGUCGCAGGAACUGCCCGAGGAUUGGGAUAAGCAGCCCGUCAAGGUGCUCGUCUCCAGCAACUUCGAGGAGGUCGCUUUGGACAAGAGCAAGUCGGUGCUGGUUGAGUUCUAUGCUCCAUGGUGCGGACACUGCAAGCAGCUGGCGCCCAUCUACGAUCAGCUGGCCGAGAAGUACAAGGAUAACGCCGACAUUGUCAUUGCCAAGAUGGACUCCACCGCCAACGAGCUGGAGAACAUUAAGAUCUCAUCGUUCCCCACCAUCAAGUACUUCCGUAAGGAGGACAACAAGGUCAUCGACUUCAACCUGGACAGAACUCUGGAGGACUUCUCCAAGUUCCUCGAUGCCAACGGUGAGGUUGCCGAUGCCGAGCCCGCUGAGGAGAGCGAAGAGGAGGAGGCGGCGCCCAAGAAGGACGAGUUGUAAAUUAAGCCAACAACGUAAAAAAUCCAACAGCAACAACAGCAGCAGCAACACACUUACACUCACAAACAAAACAACAAACAAACAGCAACGUACAUUCUGUAGUUUAUUCUUGUGGUCUGCCAAGGAUCGAAUUCCAAUGAGUUUUUAUCAUUGCUCCCAGCUAUCCUUGACCACGUCGCUAAUUUCAAAUCCCCCCAAAAUAUGUUUGCCUCUAAUAAAUUACAUAAUUAUUUCUGUUGUGAUUGCAACGCAAUUUCCCGCAACAUUGAACACAAAAACGAAAACAAAAAAGCCAAAGGAGCAUCUUUCUGGCAGUGCCACGUUCGAUGGCCGAUGGUGUUUUUGUAUUUGGAUGUUUUUGAUGAUUGCGUAGCCUAGAAUUCAGUUUUAUUGAAGUGGUAACCGAAAAUUAAAAUCGAGAAAUUUAUUAAUAUGUAAUCUUUUUUUAAGUUUUCUAUUUGGAAUUUGUAGAAGCAUUGAGAAAGAACUGAUUAAGGACUUAACAAAUAAAGUUGGUAACAACAUUAAAAACAAA